AUGGAUAGGACGGCGUCUCUCCGCACCGCGCCGUCAGGUAGGCAGGUAGUUUCCAAAAAAUGCAACUUAAGAGCAGAGCUUCUAUCAGAGUACAAGGACUCGACCUUAUAUGGCAGUGCGAACAAACAACGCACGCAUCCGUGGCCAGUGGUCGCGACGGCACUGCUGUUGAACUUGUCCAUGCAUCCUGCUAUGCCGCGGUUUAGCGUAUCUCAUUGGAUUUCUCCGCAACCCUCGUCGCCUAUCUGGUGUUCCAGGACUAUUCACCUAGAUGUCACUGACGACGACCCAUCUCAUCUCGCUUUUGCUACGGUCCUUGCUCUCCGCCACCAUGAAUGUGAACUUGCAAUCAAAUACCAUAUAAUUGAUUCGUCUGGCGGACAUAAGAUUCUGGUUCCCAUCCUUGAUACCACCGUUGCCACCUUAUCGAAUUCAAAUCCAGAAGGGCGUCCUGCUGUGGCACUGUGUAUGACCCAGGAGCGUUUGGUAUCCCCUACUGAGCUCGCGAUUUCGCUUUCCGUCCCCGUUCUCAUAACACAUUAUAUUCUUUCAAGUCGGCGUUCACUUGACAUCACUUUUGAUACGGAUGAGAUUGAGACAUCCCGUGCGGGAUGGUUCCUGAUUCAUAUAGCCCAGGCCCUUCACCAUAUUGCACUGCACGGGCCACAACGACCUCCCAAGGAUCUAUUCGCCGGAGUUGUAGAAAAAGCCCUUCUCGAAGGUGAAAGCAGCGCCACCCGCUACGAUCGUUGGCAUCGUUCAUUCGCACCUCCGGUAGGCAGCCUAUUACUGGACUGCUUUGCGGAGCGAGCGAAGACAGAUCCCCUGGCCACAGCGAUAGCGCAUGCAGACCUGCAAGGGUCUAUUACACGGACAUCCCAUGUCUCAUACGCCGCAGUUCUCGCUCUGUCUCUGCAGUUGGCAGCCACUCUCAAGUCCGUGGGUGUUGGCGUUGGUGACGUCGUAGCAAUUUGUGUUGAAGACAUUCGACACAUCGCCGUGUCUAUAUUGGCCGUCUUAAUCUGUGGCGCAGCGUACAUCAUAUUGGAUACCGGCAACACUGACGUAGAGGCACUGUCUACGCAAUCGACGUCGUUGCCGAAGCUGAGCGCUGUACUGUCACAACAGCGGGAAUUCAGCCAAACUUUCGGACCUUCCCAGAGUCUCCCCUUUGUAGAUCCGGGGAAACUCGUCUUCGAUGAAAGCAUCAUUCUCACAUUGCAGCUACCUUCGACGUUCAUUCGUCCCGCCUCUGUGCAGCCGUCCGCUACUGCAUACUUUAAGCCCAGUGUCGACUCCGAAGGUGAGAAGACGUGGAUUGCUGUCACACAUGAGGACGCUAUCCACCACCUGAAGGAAUAUUUCUCCAAGUUUGGCGCAGGAUCUGAUUUCCGGUUGUUACAUCUUUUCACUGUUCCAAGUCAUUUCUUAGGCCUAAACAUAUGGCACACAUUCAUGCAUCGAUCCGCAUUAUGUUUCGUAUCCCAAGAACUGGAGAGUGGGAUCUCAAUGUCCUCUCUGGUCCGCAUGACAGGUUGCACCCAUCUAGCCGUGCCGCCUAACCAGGUGGAGAAUGCGUCCGCGUUGGUUUGCAGAGCGUUAGAAGAUACUGAAGCGGAAUCACUACAAGCUGGUGGUAAAUUGCCCCUCCGGACAUUGGUUGUUCCUCGUCUAUCCUUGGCCACGUGGAACCAGCUACCUCUCGCACAGACGAAGAUUCAACUGAUGGUGCAUGAGGAAGAGGAUCCGUCGAGUGUGUAUCAACUGCCGGAGAAACCUUCCGAAAUCGUCUUACUUUACCAGAAGCAGGACACAGACUUGACACCGCUCCAUGUAUUGGCGCUGCUUCCGAAGGGCACCGUCAUACACGACAUGGGCCCUCGCAUCGUACAGAUCACCGGAAGCCUAGCUGUCAAGUAUGGCUGGUCGGUCAGCGAGCUUGAGGCUCGGAACAUGCUCUAUGUCCUAGAGCGGACCUCCAUUCCGAUCCCUGAUGUCCAUCUGGUUUUCAAACAGGGCAACAUCACUUACAUCAUCAUGCAGUUCAUUCAUGGACCGACAGUCCAGAAUUGCUGGCACAUGCUGGACGCCUCUCAGCGUCACAGCGUCGCUUCUCAACUCGUACGAUACAUCGACGACCUGCAUUGCAGCAGUGUAUCGGCGCCGUCUAAUAAGCCUGGCCCGCUGGACGGAGGGAAGUGUGAGGGACCGUGGUUCACAUUCUAUGGUGCCGGUCCGUUCGCCUCGUACGAGGAGCUGGUCACCUGGCUCAACCGGAAAGAAGUGCUGUCACAGACCAAGAGUACAAACUCCUUUACCACCGACCGUCCUCUCGUCUUCACUCACCAAGAUCUAUCUCCGAGAAAUCUUAUUCUGGAUGAUAACGACAAACUGUGGGUCAUCGAUUGGGAAUUAGCAGGUUGGUAUCCCGCGUACUUCGAGUAUGCAUGUAUUCUGGCAGACGUCGGCACGCCGCAGGUGCGAAUUCCGGAUGGCUGGAUGAAGACCAUGUUAUCCCAUCUUCCAGACUACGAUGUCGAGUAUCGUCUUUUGCAGUCCAUUCAAUACGCGUUGGAUGUCAUGCCGUUUUCAUAG